AUGUUAAAUACGGGUGGAAAAUGGACUUCACACUCAAAUGACCGUGUGUUUGUUCUGAAGAUUGUUAGUGUUGUUGAACCAAGUGUUUGUUUUGGUUUCUGGACAAUAUGGUUCGACGUUCUUCAGAAAAUUGGCAAUUAUUUGAUCUUGAAAAAACAGAUAAAAAAUCCAAGGCUGUGUGUAAGUUUUGCUGUUUUAAAUACGCCUUUCCAAACGCAACUCGCAUGA